AUGUAUUUACACAACAAAGAAAGUGUUAGUAAGAAGAUUAGGAUAAACUUUACAGAUGAAUUAGGGUUGGAGGCAGCAAAUCUCUUUAAAAGAGCUUUUGUUAGUGUUUUAAAAAAGUAUGAUAAAUUUCAUAAUGGAAUUGUGACAGCAGAAAAGUUUUGUAAUUCAAUUAAAGAGACGGAUGAAUAUUUGAGACAAGAAGAUAAUAUUUGGGGUAUAACAGUGGAUUCUGAAGAUAGAUGUAACGUAACAUCUCCUAUAAUAACUUCAAUAAUGAGUUUGGUUCAAAUAACGGAGGAUAAGUAUGUUAACUGUAAACCUUUAUAUUUAGAUGUUGAUAGAAUAGAGUCAACAAUAUUGGUAAAAAAUCCAUAUAACGAAAGUACUAUUAUGGUAACUCAAAUACAAAGAUCUUCUUUAGAAAAAGAUCAUGUAAAGUAUUCAGUAAGGUGCCCAAAAAUGUUUUUAGAAGACUUGUAUCCCCCAGCAUUAGAGUCAGCAAGUAAAUAUAGUAAUAAAAAUAGACAAAGCAGCAUAUUUGAAAUAAAUAAAAAAGAUUUUUCAGAAGAAAAGGAUUCAGAAAAACAAGAAGAAAAACUUCCUUACUUGAGAGCUCUUCCUUCUGAUAAAUUGGAUGAUUUCAGAAAAUUAUAUGCAAUGUGGAAUAGAUGUAUGCUAUCUGAUGAGGACUUUAUAAUGCAUAUGAAGAAAGAUAUUGGGAUAGAACAAAUUCCAAGAGAAUUUCUACUACAGGUUGCUAAUAAAGGCCCAAGCAGAACAUUAUCUUUCAGAGAUGCUAUUUGUUCAUUAUUUAUUAACGAUGUUGAUUCUUUAAGAAAGUAUAGGCCUGAUUACUUGGUUCCCCAGCCAAGUAGAAUUCCUAUAGAGAACAUUUAUAAUCCUAUAACACACGAAAAUACUAAUGAGAAAAAUACUCAAAAGAUUAUUGAGUGUUGUAAAAAGGGGUAUGGAAAGAUAUUAAGUUCAAUAGACUCACUUAAUGAUGAUGUUCUUAAUGAUUUUAAGUCAUUUGGGAGGAAGCAUAAACCAAAUUCCAGUGAAUCUGCUAUUUUGAAGAGUUCUCUGGAAAUCAGUAAUCAAAUUGAUAAUUCAAAUGGCACUCGAAAGUGCAGUUCGAUUAUUUCUACUGAAUCUACAAAUCAUUCAGAAAAACCAAAAUUUGAUUUUGUUAUUAAUGAUAUGGACUCCGACGAAGAACGAGCAAAAAUAAGAGGGAAGCAACUUUUUAACUAUCAUAGAACUACUGUAACUAUGCCUAGUGCCUUACAAUUUCAACUUAAAAGGUGUGCUGCCGGUGAAACUUCUGGCAAUGCUAUUAGACAAUACCUCAAAUAUUACGGAAUACCCAUUUCUGUCUCCAUGGAUACUCUUCUUAGAAGAAGUGAUGAAGACGGGUCUGUCUCUUUUACUUCACUAAUGAAGGAGGCUUAUCACUCUAUUAGAAACAUGCAAUCUUCUUUAUAA